CAAAACGUUCGCGACAUCGUCCUCUGGUGGGCUUCAGGGCGGUCUCGAUGGCGCAUGUCCCAUGUCCAGUGUACAGAGCCCGAAUUAGCCGUAACCGUGCCUCUAGGGAACCAGCCAGUUUGUGGUUAACUCUCGUGGGGAUAUGGUAUCCGCUUGGCGUGCCGAUUCGAUCGGGCAGCUAGAGGUGCAUAUAAAAGCCUAACUCGGGCAUUGGAAGCCAUCAUUCCGCUAUUGUGAGUGGGAAGUUUUUGUGAAGCUCCCGUUGUCCGAAAGUACUAUCUCCCGCCUGCAGCAUGGAUGUUACGGUGGAGGAUUUUUGUGAAGAGACCAACUUCAGUGAAUCACCGUGUCCGAGUCCGUUUGAUGCGAACAUCCUGCUGAACAUGGGCUUCCUGCAGAUUAAUGGACGCUUUACGCCACAUUCGGCGCAUUCGUCCGCUUGCUCGACGCGAAGCUGCAGUUUGGCCGCUACACCCGUUCCCCCGGAAACAGCUUCGUCAGAGACGGGUCCCGGACCACAGCUUACCGUUCCGGAUGAUCGCGAUGGAUCAACCGGUCCCGGGCCUCGGGCACGGAAGUGUUCCCUGGUUACCGUGCCGACGGAGGCUACCAAGUUCGAGAUCAGUGGCCGUGCCACUCCCGUGUUCACCUGGAACCCAAUUCCAACAUCCACGAACGUGAUUUAUGCACUCAGCGAGACCAGCCAACAGAUAGUGUUUUCACAGCUGGAGCAAGAAGCAGAGACGGAAACGGAAGGAAGCAUCUCCGGUGUUUCGAGCGACGCGGAAUCGGAGUGCGGAGAGCUGGAGCACGACGACGCCACGAACACCGAGCCACGUGCACGUCAAUUGGAGCACAAGGACCCUGCUGCGGCUGCUGCUGCUGCUGCUGACCGGAAGCAGCAGGAAGCGCCCAACAACAACAACAUGUACCCCAACUGUGACGUCAACGUGUGGUUGCGUUCGUGCGAGCAAGAGAUUGUGCAACCGAUCGAAGGCACGGUCAAAGGUACGGUUCCCGAGUGGCUCAAUGGCAGCCUGCUUCGUAAUGGUCCCGGCAGUCUGAAGGUUGGCGACAUGAUGUUUAACCAUCUGUUCGAUAGCUCCGCCUUGCUACAUCGGUUCAACAUCAACGAGGGCAAGGUCACGUAUCAGUGUCGCUUCCUGAAGUCAGACGCGUACAAGAAAAACACGGCCGCUCGGCGCAUCGUGGUUACCGAGUUCGGUACGAGUGCCGUACCGGAUCCGUGUCAAACGAUCUUCCAGAAGGUAGCGGCCAUCUUUAAUAAACCCGGUGCCAACAACUCGGACAAUGCAAUGAUCUCGAUCUACCCGUUUGGCGAUGAGUUCUUUGCGUUUACCGAGAGCCCAAUCAUCCACCGGAUCGAUCCGGAAACGCUCGAUACCGAGGCCAAGCUGAACGUGUCCGAUUACGUUGGCAUCGUCAACCAUACGUCCCAUCCGCAUGUUAUGUCCGAUGGUACGGUGUAUAACCUGGGCUGUUCGGUGACGAAGACGGGCCCAGCGUACACCAUCAUCUGCUUCCCGCACGGCGAGGGUAUGUUCGAGAAUGCGCGCAUCGUAGCCUCGGUACCGGCUCGCUGGAAGUUCCAUCCCGGUUACAUGCACACGUUCGGCAUCACCGAGAACUUUUACGUGAUCGUGGAGCAACCGCUCAGCGUCUCGGUACCGACGAUGGUGGUGAGCCAGAUUCGCAACAAACCGAUGGCCGCGGCACUGAAGUGGUUCGAGAGCCAGCAGACCUACAUCUAUCUGCUGGACCGCGAUACGGGUGAGCUGCGGCACACCUACCAUACCGAUCCGUUCUUCUAUCUGCACAUCAUCAACCAGUACGAACAGGAUGGGCACGUUGUGCUCGACAUCUGCUGCUACAAGGAUCCGGCCAUGCUGAACUGCAUGUACGUCGAGACGAUGCGCGAUAUGCAGAACAAUCCGGAUUACGCCAAGAUGUUCCGUGGCCGGCCACUGCGCUUCGUGCUGCCAUUGCAGAAACAGAAAUCAGCCGGCGGCAGCAGCAGCACCAGCAGCAGUAGCAAGCUGCCAAGGGGCGUCAGUGUGGACGAUGCCUCCUGGACCGACAUGUGGCAACACUUGGCCAACGGUGCGGAGAAGGAGUGUCCCGCUGAUGAUCGCCAAACGGCAGGGCUGGUGCUACAGAAUCUGGUACGACUCGCCGGUACCAAGGCAACGGCGUACGUCAUGCCGAACCGGACAAUCUUCUGCAAACCGGAGUUGCUGUGCGAUCUAGGAUGCGAGACACCGCGCAUCUACUACGAGUGCCAUCUGGGCCGUCCCUAUCGCUACUUCUACGCCAUCAGCUCGGACGUGGACGCCAGCAACCCGGGUACGCUGAUCAAGGUCGACGUAAUGAGCAAGAGCAGGCUGACCUGGUGCGAGGAGAACGUUUACCCAAGCGAGCCCAUCUUCGUCCCCGGGCCGGAUCCGCAGUCCGAAGAUGAUGGUGUGGUGCUGGCGGCCAUGGUAUGGGGCCGGGAAGAGGAGAACCGUGCGGGUCUGCUGGUGCUCGAUGCGAAAACGUUCACGGAGCUCGGUCGCUGUGAGUUUACCACACCGGGCCCGGUACCAAAAUGUCUGCACGGAUGGUUCCAACCUUCCCAGCCGAAGUAGUAAUACCAAGUUAGUGCCCCAUGCCGACACGAGACAUUUCUGAGCUAUUAAUCAAUAUGCAUCUUAACCCCCCCGAGGGCGAGUAGAUUUGCGCUGUGCUACCUGAACUGCCGGGACUAUCUUGGUCGUUUGCUAAUGAUGGAUGGAAAGUUUAGAUAAUUUAAUUGUAGUAGGCCUGUGCGUGAACACUGGAAACUGUCAGCAUCUCACACAUCUGAGUAACCUAUGUAGCUCGUUGACGCGAA